CCUGUCCGGCAGUUCCUGUCAGAGCAGUUCACGCAGCGUUAGUGGAGUAGCCGAGGCUGAGAUGAGUCUGCCGACCAGGGAGCAGUUUGAGGACUGGGGUCCGGCUCAGGUGGCCCUUUUCCUGACUCAGAACAAGAUGCGAGAGUGUGCUUUAACAGUACAGAGGAUGAAGAUUGAUGGCCGCUGGUUUCUGAAUCUCUCUGACACAGACCUGAACAAGUUCAGCCCCAUGCAUCGACCGCAGCUCCAGAAAAUCGUCCAAGACAUCAAAAAGAAUGACGACAGUAUUUUCAACAGACUAAAAAGGUUUCAGAGUGAACAGACAGCUAAUAUUCUCAAAACUGGCAGAAACACAUUGGACCGAAUAAAAAACAAAGGACCUCCAAAAGUACCUGCGAGAGACUAUCCUGGUGAUAACCAGGAGGCUGAGUGGUCUGGAUCAGAUUUUGACAGUGAUGUGUAUGAAGACCCACAAGGUGACCAUGAUGAUAGCUAUGAGCCUCCUCCCUGUGAAAGAGCCUUCCCUCAUGUUCCAUCCAUCAGCUACCCAGCUGUGGGAGACUACGUGGACAAAUGUCCUGGUCGACCAAUGCAGGCAAAACCAGCCAGGCUCCUCCUGUCAGCCAAACCUCCAGUUCGUGAGAAGCCAAACCAGGCAGCAAAAGAUGAUGAAGACUACAUUGAUCCCAAGGACGACGUAGAAGAAGAUAAUUAUAUUGAUCCUUCUGAAAAAGACCCUCAUACAAACAAAGGAACCCAACUAGGCAUUCCAAGACGUUCCCACAGUCCAGAUGUCUAUGAGGUUCCUGACACAGAGGAUUCCCCACCCAGUAGUAGGUGCAACACAAAGCGUCAACCGCCCGCCAUGAGGCUGCCUCCUAAACCCAGUCCCAGAUUAAAUAUAAAGAAGCCAGUUUCCUGUCUGGAGCCAGAGGGAGAGGAUGACUAUGAAGUCUGCAAUACUGAUGAGUCCCCAACAUCAUCUAUGCCAAGUUUAGCGGAAAGGCCAGAGAAGAAAUCUGCAGAAGACAGACGGCCAUCCAUCCCUGUACCACUGCCAAGAGACCAGAAAUUUCCCAAGCCAUCAUUUUUUCAGAAAACAAGCAACUCUACACGAGAUCAUGAAGCUUCACCAAGCCCUGUGACUCCAGGAUUUUAUCGUGCCAAGAUGUCUCUGCCUCGUGAGCUCCCCCAGCAGAAGCCUUCAGCAGCAGAGGACAGUGGAGCUAGACAGCAGGAAGAGGAGGCUGGUGUGUAUAAGAGGCCCUGGUACGCCAGCACCUGCGACCGCAAAACAGCAGAGGACGCUCUGAUCCGAUCAGCCAAGGAUGGGUCUUACCUGGUGAGAAAGAGCUCGGGUGUUGAUGCUCUGCAGCCCUACACCCUGGUCGUGUUUUACAACGGCAGAGUGUAUAACAUCCCAGUGCGCUACAUUCCCAACACAAAGCAGUUCGCCCUCGGCAAGCAGAAGAACGGAGAGGAGAGGUUUAAUAGUGUUUCUGACAUUAUUGAGAACCACCAGAAGAACGCACUUGUGUUGGUGGACACACAGAGCAACACCAAGGACUCCACUAAGCUGAAGCAUGCUGUGAAGCUGUGAGAAAGGACUGGAAUUCUCUACAACAUCCUGGAACAUCUCAACCACAGCAGCAGCAUUUAAUAUUCAGAUAUCAUUCAUCAACCUACUGACAGUACAGGACUGCGGAAAAACAAUACUGAUCAAACCAAUGCAAUAAUUUGGCCAGUAAAAGUGUUUAAUGUAUUAAUAUUUUAAUGGUAUUGUUUGUAUAUUUUGUUUAUUUUAAGGGACAUUAAGUAAAAGAAAUCCCAAGUAUUUUUAAGUGUAAAUAUGGAAUAUUUCAUUUGUAAGUAUUCUUUAUUGUUGGUUUGUUACUAAACAUGCAGCUGUCCUGCAAUGAUCAAACAGCAA